AUGGCUACAGAAUCAAAGAAAGCGGCAGCUCAGAACUUUCCAGAGGACAAAGGACUUGUGAUAGUAAAGAUAGAAGAGGAAGAGAUUAUCUCAAGGCAGGGCACUUGUGUACAGAGAAUUGAUCCCCUCAGGCAGGAACUCUGCCGGCAACUAUUUAGGCUGUUCUGCUACCAGGAUUCUCCUGGUCCCCGUGAGGCCCUGAGCCAGCUCUGGGAUCUCUGUUGUCAGUGGCUGAAGCCAGAAAUCCAUACCAAGGAGAAGAUCUUGGAACUGCUGGUGCUGGAGCAGUUCCUGAGCAUCCUUCCAGGGAAUCUGCAGGCCUGGGUGUGUAAACAUUACCCAAAGAGUGGAGAGGAGGCAGUGACCAUACUGGAAAAUUUAGAGAGGGGCACUAAUGAAGCAGUAUUUCAGGUUCCAGUCCACGGACAUGGACAAAAAAUAUUUAGGAAAAUGGUGUUACCUUCUGGACCAGCACUUAGUGUCCAAUUCCAGCCAGUGGAGACCAAGGCCCAUUAUGGUUCUUCAGAACCCCACCUCCUACUGCACUGUGGAAAGGGAGAGAAUGCUAUGUGGUACAUGUCACUGAAGAAACAUGAGAGUCAAUCUGCCUCAUCAAACUAG